GCCCCAGACACGCCUCUGUCAGACAUGGACAGAGAUGGUUCUCCUCGACCUAAAACUGAUUGUUCCAGUUAUAGCCGGCGGCUGUUCGGCGGCAAGAGGGAGUCACUGUGUUCUGAAGUGACCACCAUGACCACAUAUGUCGCCAACGGUUACAACCCCGUCAGUACCCAAACCGGUGGACCACCUCAACAACAACAAUCACUACUGCAACCAGCACCACAACAACCACCAACAGCUACUGGUCAACAUCUCACCUAUCGCAAUUCCAACGCCGGUAUAGCCCCUAAUAGUGGUGGGGACCCUGACGUCAAGUCCACCGUCAAAGAUUCUUUAUUGUAAGAGCCCACGUGAGAUACAGUACUUGGCGGAUGAAUACACUCGGACUCUAUGGGAACACUGAGUACAUAGUCUCUGAGUCCUUCGCUGUAAGAUGCAACUCGGCUGUAGUCAAUUAUCAAGAUGUACAGGAAAAUGAGGUAACUGUGUCUUAUACCAUCUUGGGCGGGAUCAACCUGUCAGUUUAAUGAAGAGACGCGAGAUUAUGAGGUUGGAGGUCGUUGCAGCAAGGUCAGUGAGUCGAGCUGUAAUAUUGGAGACGGGACAAUACAGUAAGUCUCGCUGAGUUUGCUGCAGGAUGAGAAAAAUAUUGGUACAGCGGUGAAAAUAUUAUUAAGUGAGAGAUAUUUUGUUGGAAUACAGAAGAAAAGUUAACACAAUCUGAAAGGUAUUAAUUUUAAUCCGGGAAGAUACAAGUAAAGAAUUAUGUAAUGUUGAAAAAAAAAUUAAUUUUACGUGAAAGUACAAAACAGAAUGAAUAUAGACCAUGAUGAUGAAAGAACCUUCUAUGAGAACAAACUCAAAGACUACCACUGAAUGAAGGUUACAUGAUGAUACAGUCAAUAUAUUACACGAUAUGAAAUAAAAGUUGAAGUAACAGUGUGUUUUACGACUAUCGGUGAGACUGGUGACUGUGCCAAUGGACUGUACUUACAACUGUAUUUUAUCAAGUGUUGGUUUUACUGAUUAGCUCUUAUCAUCAAAGAUACAAUAGUGAAUAAUACAGAUAUAUUUUAUACAACUCAUUUAUUAAUGUGCUCAAACACAACCUUAUAAACUGCUACUAUAAAAAGCCUGGAAUCUCAAGUAUAUCGGUGGGAUAAUAAGGCAAAAAUUAUAAAGAAAUAAACAAAAUUAAUACCCGAUUACGUUUGAAGGUAAUGAAGGAAGGGUUUGUGUUGUGUAGUGAAAGCUUCUGUGAACUCUGCAUCGAACCAUAACGCACUGAACGAUAUUGAAGCAGGGAGCCACACACACACACACACACACACACACAUACAUUCCUGGACCAUUCAAUUCUUCUUCCUCACAUGCAACGUCUAACAUUUAAACAUCUACGACGAAGAAUCAUAACAAUAAUGAAAGCGAGAUAGAAAAUGUAUAACCAAACAAGGAGAAAGUUGUAGAUAAUAAACCUGACGUAAGUUGUGGAUUAUAACUCUCAAUGUGACACAGUUUUACUUAAGACAGUCUCUUAAUAAGUGUUGUUGUUGUAGGAAUGUUAAAGAUGUUAUUGAAGCACAGAAAUACCUGCUGAUAAAAUAACUCUCGGUAGCACUUAAUUAAACAAAGGUUAUUAACUUAGAGCAACACGGGAGAAAGAGAGGGCGGUGAAUUUAAACAUAGUGUAUCAUCUUGAAGAAACAUAACAAGAUGGUGGCAGUAGAUCGUCAGGUUGUCAUUGAGAGACUGAUGAUGUUGUCAGUGAGAGACUUUGAGAAGUUCUUGUUACAUUGCGGUCACGGAGAAGUACUGAUAGUCACUGGAUGAAUCAGCAGUGGUGGUGUCAGUCAUCAGCGGUGGUGUCAGUCAUCAGCAGUGGUGUCAGUCAUCAGCAGUGGUGUCAGUCAUCAGUAGUGGUG